AUGCUACUUCGAACGGCGCUGAGGUCCCGGGGACCACGGCCUAUCCUCUUUCGUGGAGCUCGCUCGGUAUCAUCUGCGCCACUCAUUCAAAUCCAGGAUGGCACAUUCUACCGGCAGUAUCCGACAGAAGACAAUGCCGCGACUAAUCCACCUCUAUUUCCAAACUUCAACUUCACCCUCGCCUCUCAAACAUCACCUUUGGGGAAAAAGGACAAAUCCUUGCAGCAUUGGGCGGUGAUUGGUACAUCCGGACGGACUGAUCUACUAGAUGUCCUCGGGGGCAAGCAUAUUUGUCUUCCACCUGAUGCGCGAUCGUAUCCCUACCUUCUCACAGACGAACUUGCCGCCAAAGAUCCACAGCUACGCUAUGUGAACAAUGCAAUUAGGUAUAUUGGUUUCAGCGGAGAAGGCUCGGGAACCAUUGGUGGCACCCGGGGCGCAUACUUGAGUGCCCGCUAUGAGAGCCUUCGGGAGGAGACCGACUGGACAGUGGAGCAGUUUCUCCGUGGGCAAACGUCGCUGAAUCCCAUGGAAGGGGAAGAGAACGGAACGAUUCACGAUGAACAGCUCAUUCAAGAGGUGAUCAGCAAUCUACAUCUAUCGGAGUUGCUGGACAUGCCAGUUGCAAACCUUAGCAAUGGUCAGACUCGACGCGCUCGCAUCGCAGAAGCUCUCCUCAAAAAACCCGAGCUACUUCUUUUAGAUGAGCCUUUUAUGGGACUGGACCCGGCUACCGUUCGAAGUAUUUCCGGUCUGCUCCAUCGUCUGGCUCAAAGGUCUUCUCCUCGAUUGGUUUUGGCAUUACGCCCCCAGGAUACAGUACCGGAAUGGAUUACCCAUGUAAUUAUAGUGGGAAACUCUCACCACGUUGUCCAGCAAGGCUCGCAGGCCGAGAUUAGCAAAGUGCUGGAGAUCUGGAAGCAACUCACGGAUGGAAAAGCCUCGGUUGAUUUUAAGGGCGCAAAGGGAAAAGUUAUUCUGAACCAGGCUCAAAAAGAUUUAAAGUCGGGUGCUCUUGAUGAACAAUUGGUCCGAGACCUCACUGCCACUAGAAAUCAGAAGCCUGAUUGGAAGGAAAUUUCACCCUUACUAAAAGGAGAGCCACUAAUUGAAAUGGAUGGAGUUCGUAUCCAGUAUGGCGAGAAAGUGGUUCUGGGUAAUUGGACUCAAAAGGUGGAAGGAGAAACCAAAGAUGGUCUGCAUUGGCGUGUGCGUCGAGGCCAGCGCUGGGCAAUUCUCGGUGCCAAUGGGUCUGGCAAGACAACUCUACUCUCACUCAUUACAUCCGAUCACCCGCAAGCAUACGCUCAACCCCUCAAAAUGUUCGGUCGGUCCCGUCUUCCCGAAUCGGGCAAACCUGGUAUCUCCAUCUUCGAGCUCCAGUCCCGCCUCGGCCAUUCAUCUCCCGAGAUUCACGCAUUCUUCCCUCGACAAUUAACCGUGCGAGAAGCUAUUGAAUCCGCUUUUGCGGAGACUUUCUUAUCCAAACCAGUGCUCACCUAUGAGCGAGACCUUGACGUGAACGCGGUCCUGCGGUUUUUCAAGGCUGAGCUGGAUCCAAAUGCCACGUCGGAGGAAAAGCCCCCUAUUAUUACAACCAACACCGAUAUCUUCCCUCAACUCGGUCCCAGCGGGAACAACAAGUCUUUCACCCCAGCGGACUAUGAUAUCGAAUACGCUGACAAUAUCACGUUCGGCCAACUUGCUACUGCACAGCAGCGUAUUGUGCUUUUCAUCCGAGCACUCAUUCACAAUCCAGACAUUGUGGUUCUUGAUGAACCCUUCUCGGGCUUGUCUGCUUCUCAGCGCGACAAAUGUCUACACUAUAUUGACCACGGCGAUUCUAACCUAGGCUCGGGUCGAGGUCACAUGCAUUAUAAGGGUCUUUCGGAUGAACAAGCCCUGGUGCUGAUCAGCCAUGUCAAGGAGGAAGUUCCUGAAAGUGUUCGUUUCUAUAUGCGGCUGCCGUCGGAGUCAGACGAUGGUGCUGAGCCAUUGGACUUCCGUUUUGGUACGCUCAAUAAUGGCAGUGUCCUGAGUGACCCAAAGGUAUGGGAUACCGCGUGGUCUCCACCUUCUCAAUUUUUGAAAUCCGCAUAUCGAACUCGCAGACGCCGCGGUGAACAAUCCGACGUAAGCGUUUACGAGUGGUUUUCGAUCUAG